CCCUAAGUAGAUCUAGAACUUGAGUUAUUGCGGGCCAGCUUGACGCCAGUGUAACACGUUUGAGGAAGAAAAACAGAAGCUGUCUGCUAAGAUGGACAGUGACUGCUAUAAACUUUGUGAGAAGUUGAUACCAGAAACGUAUGUACAGCAGGGACAACAAGCCAAACAAGUCCACCAGAACAAGAUCAGACAUCUUCUAGAACAGAAGAAGCUGCCAGAGGAGGGUUGGAGUGAUCUCACAAUUGAGAUCCUUCUCCAGGAAUUCUCUGUGAUGGAUAGUAACAAUUUUCCUGGAAAUUGUGGGGUUGGGGAAAGGGAAGCCAGAGUUUUCUCCCCUUUAGUGCUAAAGCGUCAUUACAAUUUUGGGCAUGGAAUCGGUCGAUCAGGAGAAAUCACAGCAAUACAACCAAAAGCAGCAGGAUCAAGUCUGCUAAUGAAAUUAGCCAACAGUUUGGCUCUGGACCUCAUCAGGCUGUGUGGUAUUCCAUCUGUUAAGAGCUGUUUUGUUGUCCCUAUGGCAACAGGAAUGAGUAUGGUACUCUCGAUGCUGACCUUCAGACAAAGUCGACCAGAUGCUAAGUUUGUCAUAUGGCCACGUAUUGACCAGAAGUCUUGCAUAAAGUCUAUCAUUACUGCAGGUCUCACCCCAGUAGUGGUAGAGAAUAUACUGGAGGGAGAUGAGUUAAGGACAGAUGUACAGGCGGUCCGUGACAAGGUGGUGGAGCUGGGAGCAUCAAAUGUUCUCUGUAUCUUUACUACAACUAGCUGUUUUGCACCUCGAGCCCCAGACAGGUUGGAAGAGAUAGGAGAAAUAUGUAAAGUUAAUGAUAUUCCACAUCUUAUAAACAAUGCCUAUGGUCUUCAGUGUACCAAGUGUACUCACCUUAUACAACAGGCUGCUAGGACAGGGAGGGUGGAUGUGUUUGUCCAGAGUACAGACAAAAACUUCAUGGUGCCUGUCGGUGGAUCCAUUAUUGCUGGAUUUGAAGACAAACUACUGGAAAAAAUCAGUAAAACAUACCCUGGGCGGGCAUCAAUGUCACCGACUAUGGACCUGUUUAUCACUCUACUCAGUAUGGGGUCACGAGGUUACAAGGCACUAGUCAAGCAAAGGAAGGAGCUGUAUACAUAUCUAAAAACCUCGUUGUCACAGUGUGCUACCCGGCAUGGACAAAGACUCCUAAACAUAAACCAAAACCAUAUAUCUAUGGCUAUGACUUUGGCAGUAGAAGGAUCCAGUGCAACUGAUAUCGGCUCCAAGCUGUUUACACGCUGUGUAUCUGGAACAAGGGUAGUGGCUCCAACAGGAAAGGUUAGUGACAUAAACGGACAGAAGUUCUGUAAUUUUGGUGCUCAUUCCGAUGUGUAUCCCUGCUCCUACCUUACAGCAGCCGCCGGCAUUGGAAUGACAAAAGGAGAUGUUGAUACGUUUAUAUCUCGACUGGACAAAGUAUUAUCCAAGUGUAAAAUGUUGCCAUACAACUCAGUCAGCAAAAGUGUUGUAGAUAAACAAGAAGAUAUUUCAAUCCCACAGCCUUCUAGUAAUGGAGAAACUAGUGAUGAAGUAACUCUACAGCCAAGUGGGACAGUUUGUGAUGAUGCAAGUGUUUAAAAUGUGCCAUAGAACUCAACAGAUGUUAUAAUAUGAUUAAGACAAGUUGUUUUAUUUAUUAAGAUUUAUUAAGAGAUGCGGAUACUGAAAAAUGAAUACUGUAUUGUAAUUGUUCACUGUCACUUAAGUUUCAACAAUUCCAUGCAUUAAUUUGCUUUCAUCUGGCAGUUUCUUUAUAUUUGUCCAAAAGGGUACAGAAUUUGUACAAUUAAGUGUAGCAAAUUUAGUGAGAUACAAAAACUGACUGAAGCUACAAUGUUGCUGCAACUGUAUAUGUCUGAGGCCAGUCAUUUCUGUGAGGGCCAUGUUUUUUCCACAAAUGACACUCCCUACUGUGUGGAGAUGAAAGUGAGUUUGCAAAGCUGGUACGUCAUAAUCAAGUGUAUUCAUUUAUUGAAGUGAAUCAAUGAUCUUACCAAUAAAUUCAAUGAAUCAUUUACAGAU